AUGCUCCCGAGCUCCCGAGUGUGGGAGACGUGGUGGCCACGGUCCGUGGCUGCUGCUCCAAGCGGUGCACACGCCUUGCGAGUGCGCACGCCUCGGCCCUCGAGGUGGGCGUCUUGGGGGGUCCUGACGUGGACCUGGCACUGCACCCGCAAGGGGCACAGGGCCUUGUCUGCGGGCGAAGCUAGCGACUCAGCAGUUGAGGAUCGGCGCAUCUUCAAGCUGGAACGUUUCCUUAGCAAGGCAGGAGUCCUCAGCCGCCGGGAGGCAGCGAAGCAGGUCAGAGCCGGCAAUGUGAUGGUGAACAAGGCCACUGUGAGGGACCCCUUCUCCAAAGUCCGUGCCGGCGACGAAAUCAGACUACGGGGCGUCGGCAAAGUUGUUCUGCCCGACUGGGACUCCGAGCCGCCUCGCCUGGUCCUUUUCAACAAGCCGCCCGGGGUGGUGACCUCCCUGCGCACCACACAAAGCAGCACGGACCGGCACCUGCGAGCGCUGCAGGAGGCACUUCCCGCCCCCUACCGCAGCCUCCUUGCACCGCACAUCCCGGCGCUGCGCCCCGUCGGUCGACUGGAUGCCGGCUCCAUGGGGCUGCUGCUGUUCACAGACUCCUCGCAGCUCGGGAAUCGCCUCACGGGGCCCGGCAGCUGCGAGAAGGAGUACCUGGUCAGCGUGACUCCGCUCCCCGGCGCGCGGAGCCUGCAGCGGCUUCGGGAAGGCAUCGAUAUCAGGGAUGGCAAUGCGAAACGCGGAAGGACACUACCCUGCGCCGUGGCCUUGGUGCGCAAGGACGUGAACAGAGCUCGGGCCAUCCUGCGCUUCGUACUUUGCGAAGGCCGAAAUCGCCAGAUCCGGCGGAUGUGCAAGUCUGAAGGCCUUGCCGUGGAGUGGUUGCUCAGAACGCGGAUUGGGCCUCUUCGACUUGGCACGUUGGCUCUCGGGGAAGCGAGGGACGCAACGGCAGACGAGCAGAAAGCCCUACAGACGGACGCGACGGACGUGGCGGACGCGCCUUAA